CGGAAACCAUCCCUACGGAUACCAUCCCCAUGGAAACCAUCCCUACGGAUACCAUCCCCACAGAAAUCAACAGCUUGGAUAAAUAAUGAGGCAAAACGCACAUGAAAACAAGACUAAAUCGUUGCUAAAACAAAGGCUAUGUAAGGAGAGUGAAGAGAGGGAAGCCAAGCGCAGCGGCCCCCUACAGGACAGCAGGAAAAAGGUGACCUUUAACCCCAACAUCCAGGAGACUGUACUGGAGCCAGGGAGCCCCAGCAAAGCCCCCAAGCCUGUGUCUCUGAAGGAGGUGGCUGACAUCGUGGUGCGCUGUCUAGACCCCUUCUAUACGCAGGGCAAGUUUACCACCAAGGAGCUGUUCAAGUCAUUUGCCCGCUACUUGUCUCAUCUACUAGCAGAGGGGAGGAGUAGGGGAAAAGGUCAAGUGAAAAUGCAGGCCAAGACUCUGAUAAAUAAGUUCUUCAGCGGUGUGAAGCGCUGUGAGAGUGAAGCAGACUGGAAGCACCUGAAGGGACCACACAGCACUGAGACCUCUGAACACAGAUGGAUGGGAGGAGGAGGGACUACGAACGGAAAGGUGGCGGAGGAUAACAACCUGGGGGUCUGACCCCUUCAUCCACUCUCUCUCUCUCCAACUGAUUCCCUCCUCCCUCACAUCUCUCCCAGGCCAAGACACUCAGCCGUUACAGGGAUGAAAUGCUGCUAUGCUGUGUCAACUCCAGGCUCAUGCUGCCGUGGUGUGGAGAGCCACUGUAAUGGCGCCAUUAAACAUGUACUGUAUACAGCAUGUCUGCUGGUGCUUCUGGGGAACAAUUAGUCAUCCCUGCUCAACGCUGAGCAGAGGUGGCUCUUUGUUUGAUGUUAGCACCAUGUGACUAGGAGAUGGAUGCUAUGGUUAUACCAAGCCAAACCCUGCUGCUACCUGGUCUGUCAUAAAGCCUGACUGAAGAGGACAGCCAACUGGAUGUGUAACAACCACAGACUCUAUCUUUGAUUGAUUUUAGAGCUGUAAUUUAAUGUAUUCUUGGUUGUUAGUUAUUCGUUUUUUCAUGAGAUUCUCAAUGAGAGCUUUUAUUUAAGCU